AGACAAAAAAACGUGAAAGUCACAAGUGGACCAGUGUUUGUGGGCACAAAUACGAUUGAUGACAUCAUGCUACUGGAAAUUCCUCCACAACCAGGCAGGAUCACCGUUGCCUUACCAAACUGUGCAAAUCCUCCCAAAAUAGGACAUGUUGUUCAGGUUGCAGGACUUGGUGGUUAUAUGGUAAAUGCCACGGGCCACACACUCGAUGAUGAGCCACCUGAUCUCCUGUGUGGAAACAUGCAUGUUGUCAAGUGUCCUCCUCCCAAAAAAAUUAGCUGUUAUUCAAAUAAGAUAAAGCUGCCGUAUAGCAACAGGUUGUGUGUGCAAGAACCUAACAUAGAUACACGUGAGGGUGAUUCUGGUGGUGGAGUGAUAUACAACAACAUGAUUUAUGGUGUAAUCAGUUCUGGCCAAGACCGUGCCUGUACUGGACCAGCUGUUACUGUGAAUGUUUGUUCUUACAUGACCUGGAUAAACCAGGAAAUUAAUCCAAGAAGUAAUGGAAAAUAACUGAAUGAAAAAUAACAUCCAGAAUAAACAAUCAUCUCUACAUGAAA